AUGAGUCUUUUCCAAGGCCAAGGUGUUGUCAGAACCAUCUGUUUCUUAUAUGCGCUCACGUCGGCCCUCGCAAUAGCGUUCUUCAGCCCUUCAGUCCCGGCAUGGAUCCAGCAGACGUGGUGUAAGUGGGUUGUCCCAUUGGCACGUCUAUUUGCCAAUGAAGCGUUGAUUCUGUUGUUUAAAGGGGGACCAACGGACGGCGCGGUACUGUUUCUGUUCAGGAAAGCAAGACCCAUGGCUUCCAAAGUAACGUACGCGCUUCGCCGAAUUAGACCUUCACUGACCACCCCGGCCAGGCUGCUCAAGAGAUCUGUUGCUGUCUUCCACUCGAGCUGGAUCCCGGAAACAGCGGCAGCGCAGUUCCAACUUCCCUUGGGACGCUACGUGCUUGACGACUCUUCAGACCGUUGUGCGAUCGCAACUCCAAGCUCGACACUCAGCACACAGACGCACUCCUCCCCAGGCAUAUCGUCGCAGCGCUCCUUAACCGUCGAGUCCUCACCGUUGACGCCGCCCAGGAUUCAAAACGCCCCCCGCAAGCGGUCGCUUCCAUCUGAUGACGAACCAGUUUCUGAACCUAGGCCGCGCAAGAAAGCUCGUAAUAUGGACUUUGACUCCGAGGCGGAGGUCCUAUUUAUUGUUUCUUCUGUUGCUCCCCGCCCGGCCGAGAGGCUUAAAACACGCUCCCGCAAGAUACCUGAGAUCGAUUUCCGUCGGCUAGCGCCGCACUCGUCCCGGUUGCCUCCUCUGGAAUACGAGCCUGUGAAGUUAAAGCCAAUGCCAAAGAGCAAUGUCUGGAACACGCUACUUGACACGAACUGCUCAUCCCCUCGGGUCUCUGUCUCUGUUGCUCUGCAUGCUCUGCGUGAUGUAUCGACUGCAAACUCCACUCGAUUUACCCCUGGGUCGACCCACCUUGGCAAACAAUUGACGUGCUCUUACACGAAGAAGGUCCGUCAUUGA